CUUUUCAUAUGCCUUGUGUAGCUUGCUAAGAAGUAUCAUCCAGAUGCAAAUAAGAGUAAUCCUUCUGCAAAGAAAAAAUUUCAAGAGAUAAGAGAUGCUUACGAGACUUUGCAAGAUCCUGAGAAGAAAGCUCAGUAUGACAGGAUGACCCAACAUUCAAGGAGGACAAAUGAUUCACAAUAUGCUUAUGGAGAUGCAGAUAGCUUUAGAUAUGCUCAUAGAACUCAAUUCUCUGAUUCAUUUCACAAAAUUUUUUCGGAGAUAUUCAAUAAUGGAGCUGAAAGUUUUGCUGACGAUAUUCAGGUGGAGCUCACACUUUCCUUUUCUGAAGCUGUUAAAGGAUGCAUAAAGCGUUUCUCUUUUGAUGCAGACGUCCCGUGUGAUUCUUGCCAUGGUCAAGGUCACCCGCUGAAUGCUAAACCAAAUCCUUGUCCAACUUGUCGAGGCUCUGGUCGAGUAA